AUCUGAUACGGUGACACAAGACAUCAGCUGAGAGGAUGAUGCUGCAGCUGAUGACGACGUCACUCGGCUAGUCGCACACGCGUCGAACGUCAACACAACAAACAGGACAACGUACGACAGUUUAUUGGAGGAUGGCGUUCGUGAAAAGCGGAUGGCUGCACAGACAAAGCACUAUCUUGCGGCGCUGGAAGAGGAACUGGUUUGACCUCUGGUCAGAUGGACGUCUGGUCUUCUACGAUGACCAGCAGCGGCGGGACAUGGAGGACGAGAUCCACAUGAAGGUGGACUGCAUUAACAUCCGCAAUGCAAGUGCAUGUAGAGAGCUCACGCCUCCUGAAGGCAAAAGCAAAGACUCCCUCCUGCAGAUCGUCUGCCGGGACGGCCGGGUCAUCAGCAUCUGCGCAGACAGUGCAGACGAUGCUUUGGCUUGGACCAUGGCACUUCAGGACGCUAGACUCAACGCUAUUGUGCCGCCGCCUCAGGUUGGUUUUGCCGAGGACGUCGUAGCAUCAGCUCCUCCCCCCUAUUCUGAAUUAAACACAACUCCUCAGGUUUUCUAUCCUGAUGGAUAUGGGGGUUAUGUUCCUCAUCCUCCGCCUUAUGCCACACAGAUGGUUUACUCCGCAGAUGGCCAGCAGUAUGCAGUUGCCUACCCGUAUCAUUAUCAAGGAGGAUACGCACCUGGUGUCAACCGAGUCAUAGUUCAGGAGCGCCGGCGUGACGACACAGGUGACGUAGCUCUGGGGAUGCUGGCCGGUGCUGCCACGGGAUUGGCCCUCGGCUCUCUGUUUUCUGUAUUCUAAUGUGUUUUUGUGAACCCAGCCCAACCCCACCUGACCUACAGCAAAAGAAACCCUUCCCAUGUUGUUUUAACUUAGCCUUUAUGCCUCGUAAUGCGCAGGUCUGAUAAUGUAGCCGGGCUGGGUGAAUAUUCACUUACUUUUCUGCAUUUGUCUUUGUACCAAAGCUUAUUUACUUUUGAUUAGGCACCAACAAAUGCGUUUGCUUUGCAAAUUUAAUCUUUAGCAUACAAAGAGAUACACUAAAAUAUUUGUGGCUGGCCUUAAGAUAAGAAUUAUCAGUUAGGUUUAUAGAUCAGCCACUGUUUAGAAACACAAACUGUGGAUUGUUGAGUCUAAAAAUGGGUCGAUUUUAUACUUGCGAUGCCCGGUUGAGAAAUGACACAGGCCUUGAUGAAAUAAAUGAUAGGCAAGAAGCUUUUCCUGUUAUUUAUAAUUAGAAAUUAAACUUGUUUUUAGUGUCGUUUGCUGCUGCAAAGUCAAAAUUGUGCUGAAUUAAAUAUUUUGUGACUGUUUCGGUUAAAAGGAAUAGUUCUCUCAAAAAUAAAUUUUUUUUUUUUUUUUUUGGCAUAAAAUAUCAGUUUUAUUGUAGGGGAAACAGGACACGGAGAUGAUAUAUUUAUGUACACACACACAAACAUAUGUAUGUUUCAUCAAUUAAAAAAACAACAACACAUUAAUAUAUAUAUAUAUAUAUUAAUGUGAAAUAUAUAUUAAUGAAAUAUUCAUUUAAAUCGAAUUCGACGAAAAACCCAUAAUAAUACUGAUGGUGACGAUACAUGAUUAAUACUGUGAUGGAGAUUGUGAUGUAAUUCAGGAAAGUGUAAAAAAUGCGUCCUUAAAUCUACCGCACCUUUUCUAAUAGUUCUUUCCUUUCUUUGCCUUUUGUUUGUUUUUGUUUUUUUGUGGCCUUCAUUUUACUCAUUUUAUUGUGUUUGUUUAUAUUCAGUGUUAUCAAGUAUUUGUCCCUAUUUUUGUGGAGACUUUACACUUUCUUUGAGAUUUAUUUACUUUGAAAAAUGUGAUUGAUUUUAUCUUGAUCUCUGAUUCUGUGUGUGUGUCUUUUUUUUUGAGAGUUAAUACAAAAUUUAAAAUAUUAUUCACAAUGUUUGUGACGGGAUGUGAUAAGGGAAACUUGAGGAUCGGAUCGAUGUGAUUGCUUACAUAAUUAUAUAAUGAUUUAUUCUUUACUGUACUUUGACUUCGUUGUGUUUACAUAACAGGUAUAAUCAUGAGUGUAUACAUAAUCAUAAUCAUAAUGCACACUAGAAGUAUCAGUGGAUUUCAGGUCUUGGUUUAAAUUAACACGGGUCCUUUGUUUUUAAAUGUUUUGUGAAAUGGACCAGUGAUUCAGAAAAAUGAAAAUUUUCAUCUGACACUUUACUUGAUGCUAAUAUCUAUUUUUUUUUUCUCUCUCAAUCGGUUUGCUGUUUGAACCUCAAAAAACUAUUUACAUGGUAAUAUAUACAGUGUGUUAUUUAUAAACUAAUAAAAUAAGAUGU